AUCGUUGAUAAAAAGCUUCUGUCUGUUUAUGAGGUCUUUUUACGACAAAACAAACCGGACAGGUUGUGGCCUGUCAUUAAUUGUAUAUUAUACUUCGUAUAUACUAAGUAUAUCAGUAUCCUGGUAUCAUGAGCAGUAUUAUCGUAGUUAAUUGCUAUGCAUUAUCGUGAUUAAUUAACAUGAGUGUGAGUGACCAAGAUAUGUAUUGACGCGGAGACUGAGCUCUUUAGACGAAUAUAACAGUAACCGGAUGUUAGUGCUGGAGUAUGAAAAUCUUAACAGUGAUAUUUAAGUAGUUCAAGUUCAAAAUACCUUGAGAAUUCAAUCAAUAUUGAGAUGAUAGAGGCAGGUGAAUCCUACAGCAGUGAUCGCUGAACUCAUAUUACCCCCGGGAUUCAACCGCGCGAUCCGCCUGAAACACAUGGCCAACACAGGGAAUGAUCAUGCACGUUAAAUGUGCAUGUAUAAAAUUCACGGUUUAUCCAUACUCUUCUCGAGUACUGGAUCAUUCCGAGAUGUUAAUCUGAAUUGAAGGUGGGUUGAAAACAGACUUUCGUAUUUAUUGGAAAGUAAGCAAGUGUAGAAAAAAAUGUGGUGAAUUUACUUGGAUUAAGCUAAAACAUUGUGUGAGUUCUGCCGAAUGUCUUUCGAUAAAUAAGUGAACGGAAUUGUGGUGCAUUCAUUGGAUAGCACGUGCGGAGUGCGGUGCUGACUCGUGCAUAUGACCGUGGGAGCGAUAAGCGUGACUAUCAAGAACAAACAUCUUUGUUAUCCGGAAAAAAAGACAAUAUUUCGAGAAAAGUAUUGAAAAAGUCUUCGCCCAGCAACCACAAGCAACGUUAGAUAGCCCAUCCAUCGUAUAGUGAGCGGACUUUUAUCUUCAUCUUAAACGCAUAAGGAUCGGGACUUCGCUGUCGGCAUUUUUUGUCCGCAAGUACCUUCAUCAUUCGUAGAGACCAGUCUUUAUCAGCAUACGGCGUUCACCUUCAAAUAUCUUCACUCGAUCUAGAACGAUGCUGGUAUGCCUGCUGUUGUUGGCGAGCCUGCUUGGCAGCGACGCGACCCUGAGCUUCGACCACCAUGACAACGCGGCCCUGGAAGCGUACCUCGUCUCCGUGAACCAGACCUACCCCGACAUUACAAAUCUGUAUCAAAUAGGGACAACUGGAAAUGGGAAGCCCCUGUGGGUUCUGGCUAUUGGAAACUCCACGGAGAGCACGGAUCUCCGUCCGCACGUGAAAUACAUCGGGAACAUGCAUGGCAACGAGGUUGUCAGUCGGGAGAUUUUACUCCACCUGAUAGAGCUGUUUGUGACGUCAUAUGGCCAAAACGCGACGCUGACGAGGUUCCUCAACACGACCACCGUCCACAUCAUGCCGACAAUGAACCCAGACGGCUACUCGAAUGGUAUCGUCGGGAAGUGUUUGGGAUACGACGGCAGGGGGAACAAGAACAACGUGGAUCUAAACCGAAACUUCCCUGACCUCAUCUUCGACAAGUCCGUGAAACCUGUACAAAUAGAAACACAGGCGGUCAUGGAUUGGCUGCCAGAACACUCCUUCGUCCUGUCCGCUAACCUACACGGUGGAGCCAUGGUCGCCAACUACCCUUGGGAUCUCUACCUCGAAAGCAGUGAUACGCCUCCGGGAUCGGGUAUUUCUCCGUGUCCGGAUGACGACACUUUCCGCUUCCUGUCGCUCACGUACGCCCGUUCGCACAAAACAAUGGCGGCCCUUAACGGCACGGAGUGUACGGGGGACUUCUUCCAGGACGGCGUAACGAACGGCGCGGACUGGUACCCUAUUGCAGGAGGUAUGCAAGACUACAACUAUAUAAAGGAGGGGAUUUUCGAGAUCACGCUUGAGGUCGCGUGCUGCAAAUUCCCCCAGGCGGACACACUUCCGGGUUUCUGGACCGCCAACAAGGACGCCCUCGUCAACUACCUCCUCGAGGCACAUAAAGGUGUGAAGGGCUACAUAUUGGACGAAAAUAACAAUGCUAUUGACGGGGCGGAGUUGACCAUCUCAGGCCGAGAAGGUGUGCCCUUCAUGUCAAAACAUGGCGGACAGUACUUCCGUCUUUUGAUGCCUGGAUCAUACACGUUGAAUGUCCAUUAUAACAACACCACGACAAGCAAAGCCUUCAAAGUAAUAGAUGGAUCUGUGACUCGACUUGACGUACAGAUAAACCAUGGAUCGACCGGAAGCGGAAAUUCUCUCCAGGCGUCUGUAGCAGCGUUCCUUUUUGCUGUGUUCGCCAGUAUAUCCACGCUAUUGGACUAGUUGUCAAAACGAACUGUGAUCAACUGUUUGUCAUCUACAAUGUUAUACCGUAUUAAAGGAGCUGAAUAUAGAUUCAAACAAAGAAAAGCACAUCAUUUGUGUACAGAUAAAAGUUUAAGCGAUAUUUUGGCGCAUUUUAAAAGGGUGGAUUUGUGGUCACGUAGCUAUUAAUUAAAUAUAUACAUAUUAUUAAAGCUAAUACUUUUUUAAUCAGAACACAAUCAUAUCAUUUUGUUUUGCUUUGAUCAUUUAAGUUAAAUUCGUUAAACAUAACAAUGUUUUAAUAUUAAAAAAAAAAAACAUUUAUUUUUUCAUCAACCUAUCUCAGACAGAUGUUAUACAGGUAUUCAUAUUAAAGGUAUAUGAGAGAUUGCGAAAUACUACUCGUACGUUUAAUGGAGUAAAUGCAUGCCUGCUUUAACAUACAGUGUUAACGCAAAAAGCAGAAGCAAAGAAGCAUAUCUGCUAAAGCACGUUUGUUGAAGUCUGAGGCUUGUAACGUUACGUCAAUGAACCGCGUUUGCUUACGCAACGUCACUUGUAACUUUAAACAUUGCUAAAUGUGAGCUUUGUUUUAUGACCGUAUUGAACAGUUAUUGCUGUCUCGUCAAUUUGGAGGAAUUACCUUUUAAUGUUACUUUUACCUUACCCUGAAUUGUUAUGCUUCGAGCAUUUGAAACGGUAUUUUUUUAACAUUUGUGCUAUAAGAACAGACUCUUAAAUAUAUGUAGUGAAUUGUAACUUAGAUGUCAUUACUGUGUACCUUCCUCGAGCCUUCUAAUACCUGUUGUUGUUGUUGUUGUUGUUGUUGAGUUUAUAAAGGUCUGCCCGCGCCCUAUAAUGGCUGCAUUAUGGCUUGACCCCGUCACAUCCCCAAGUGUGACUUAAACAGAAUUUUGAAUCCAAAGGGGGAGUUUUACCCCCAUCGGUUGAUGGGAUAUUCGCCAAAGGAGUAAUUUUGUACCCAAAAUGCCGCGAAACCUGCGAUGAAUGACAUCUAGAUUGGCCCCACAGCUCUUCUAAUACCUGUAUGACGUUGAUAUCUUUUUUAUAUCCUGCAUAUCGACUACGCACUUUAAACGCGUACUAAGUACACAAACCUGGAUGACGUAGUACACAAAAAGUAGUUUUUGAAAAAGACAUGUUUUAACUCAAACCUUUACUGAAGACAUGUAACCCCCAACAACUUAGACAGCGGUUAUUUUUGGAGCUUUUUACUGGUUUUAUGAAGCUGAUCAGUAAUUUAUUAAAAAAAGAGUGGUGAUUAUUCUAGUGUAGUUUUACUGCAUUAAUUACAGUUAAAUGUAUAUCAAAAACCGAAGCAAACCCACUUAAGAAGGAACUUCACUUUGGUAAGCAGAGAUAUCGAAGAUGAAUAAAAACGAUUAUCAUAAACUGUUUGAAUUUUGCAAAAAUAGGAAGAAAAGUCUCGAAAUAUAUUGUUGUUGUUUUUGUUGUUUGUUUUUUUUACUUUUUAAUGGACUGUAUUUUGUUUACAGUAUGCUUACUAAAACUAGAUAAUGAUGUACCAUAGCAUUUCAAUGAAACGCGGAAAUAGACAACGGGUUAGCCCAAAACAAAAUGGUCCGUAUUAUAUACUCUAGAAGAAAAAUAUUGUUAUCAGCAUUAGAUGUCCUCUGAUACAUGUACUUGAACAUUCGGAACUCCUCGGCCAUUUUCCAUCGAAAACAACCUCGGAUUCAUGCCGGUACACAGUAUAAGUAGUUCGUAAAAUUUUGUUUAAAAUUAUUUAUUAAAUAUAGUCUUUUAACGUGUAUUUUUAUAUCAAGUUUAAACUGAUUGCCGAUAAACGUGUAUCAUAGCAAACAUUAUUAAGAUUCCCAAGAGUUUAGUCAUUAAGUUUAAUUGCUAAAUUGAAAUUACUACUCGAUCUACAUGCAUCGUAGUUAAAUGUAAAUAUUCCUGACAUUGUAAACCGUCCAUAUACGUUCGAGGUUGUUAUCGAUAGGAAAUGGCUGAGGAGUUCUGAAUGGUACAUGAAUUGUAGUUGUGUUUUCUUCAUAACUGCAUUAUAUAUGAUUUUGUUUUAUGGAAAUGUUUGAAUAAUUAUGAUUGUCGAAUUUUAUGUCGUUACGGUAGUAAUUUACUUUUAUACAUAUACUCAUAUCUUUGUAUGAUUGCGUGACGUACAAUCUGCAUGUAGUGCUCUUUUCAUGCCAUUUAUCGGUCAGUAUUAAACAUUCAUAUGGUUCGAUGUGUGUGUGAGCUCGUCUGAAUUAGAAAACAGCAUGUUUAUGCACUAGUCAAUUGUAACCACGCCCCCCCCUCCCCCCCAAGGUCCGGUGGUAUACCGGGGAUAGCCGGGUAAAUGGGCCGUGUUUGUACCUUUCAGGUGGACCCGCAGUGCCGGGUGAAUGCGGUGGCUUUGUCUUCGCGCAAAUAUAGCGGAGAAUGGGUCCCUAGGGUGCGGGGCAUUUGGUGGGGAUUUUACCAUCAGGUCGUCCCCGUCCCCGGAUAUUACCCGGGCUUUGCUGGACCGAAGGUCAAAGUCCACGCUAUUCCCCGGACCUGGGGGUGGGGCGUGGUUACAAUUGACUGGUGCAUUACAUACUGGUAUAGCCAUGAUGUCGUAGAAGUUGGCGUCAUGCAAAACCCUUAGUUUUGAUUAUUUUCGGAAGCCGUCCAAGAUAGUAUAUGGAACUUGGUGUACAUGUAAAGUUUUGACAAUGCACAUGUGUAUGGGGAGUGACAUUUGACUGAAAAUAGUUCAGUUUAAUCAUAGCGGUUGUUCUAUACUGAAAAAAAAAUAGAUAGGCGUUGACAUGUUCUACGUGGUGCUUUUGUUAUACCUGGGAUUCGUCUGCAAACAUGCUUUG